AUGCCUGUCUGCGAGCCCCCGUCCUUGUUCCUCAAAUUACCUCCUGAGUUGAGGCUUGACAUUUACAAGGAACUCUUGCUUCACGAUCCGCAUUGCACCUUUGCAAGCACCAAACCUGCUCUUCUUCCCACCUCCAUAGACUAUCAUGAAGGCCACCACACCGCAUCGAACCACGUAGAGCCCAACGCUGUCACCCUCUCCAUCCGUGCCGAAGAUCCAUCCAAUUACAAAUCGCGUGCUCCUGAACAUGUGCGCAGCGCCUUCUUUGUCCGCUCUGGCGGUCUGCGCCCUGGAUGUGUGCCCACAACCUACUUCUGCAUCAGCAACUCGGGUAUCCAUACGUCCUUGCUACGAACAAACGCACGAAUCUAUGCCGAGGCUAUCGAGGUCAUGUACUCGAACCAUGUUUUCGACUUCGACAUGCACAUUGAGGCAUUCGUCGGGUUCUUAGGCGAUCUGACGCCAUUCGCGCGCAAUUGUAUACGAUCGAUCCGUUUGGUCAAGCGCGCCUUGCCCUACGAUAAAGAGUACUCGAAAGCAGAAUGGGCUGUUGCCAUGGAGUGGUGCACAAAACUUCCCAGUCUAAGGUCGCUGUCCUUGGGCAUUGUCGCUGGAAAGCCAGGUCCAGAUGGCUGGGACUUGGUUCCUGCUUACAAGCCAGAGCAUUUCGACACUCUCAAGGGAACCGAAGGCAUGGAGUGGAUAGAGGAGCUCCUUGCUGUCAAGGGACUGGACAACGUCACUGUCGAAUCUAUCGUGGUACACAGCCCGUUCCCUAGGAGCGCAGCAAUGGCACGAUACAUUCAAUUUUCAGCAAGUGUUGAUGACGGGUCGUUUGCAGUCUGGUUGAAGGACAACAUGGUCAAGAAGGCAUGA